AUGGAUUCACCUUUACUUCCACAAUUCAAUCGAAAGAGUCUGAUUGAUGAAUCGUUAUUGGUUGAUCCUGAUUCAUCAUUAUUAGCAGAUUUAUCAUUGGGGGAUAUACCUUCUUCACCUAAUAACUCAUCUUCAUACCAUGUUUUCACUGGCACUGGAGAUCAACGUCAAAGGGGGGAAUACGGAUUAGGUAAUUCCCUUGGAUCAUCUUCAACCUCUUCAACAACAACAACAACGUCAUCGGCGAUAAAAGGGGAUAAAUCUAAUAUUCCCAAUCAACAUCGAAAGGUGAAUAUAGAUCACCAAUUAGAUGACUAUGAUGAUCGAGAUGAAGAUAAUGACACACCCAUUAAAACAAAAAUAACGAAACAGAAUGAUAAUAAUAGUAAUAAUAAUAAUAACAACAAUAAUAACCAAAAACCGAAACCCAGAUUUUCACUAUUCGCUGCACCUCGUCCACCUUCUUCUGAAGACAUCCACGAUCAACGUGAAGAUGGACAUGAGCAUGACCAAGAAGGGGACGAAGAAGGAGAUGAUCAAACCAUUCACGGUACAUCUGGUCAAAUGAUCGAGCAAGAGGAAGCAAGUGGAAGUGGAAGUGGGAUGAGACAAAGACAAACUACAGUUGAAAAAGAAGACAAACUGAGAUCGAGCUUGUAUGAGUUGAGAAAGAUGAAUGAGGUUUUCGAAGGUGUUAUAGGUGCUUUAGAAGGUGUCAGAGGGCAUAAUCAAAGACUAGCGGAUAGAGUCCAACAAACAUCAGCUCUGCUAGAUGAAUACACUUCCAUCAUGGGUCAAGCAGAACAUACCCAAAAAUUAUUGAUGAAUCCCAAAUGGACAGGAAGUAGUGAUGACGCAGAAGCUAUACAAGCAGCCGAACAAGCUCGUGUGUUAUCUAUACAAAGAGCGGAAGAAAAUAGCAGACGUGUGGCGGAAUCAGCCAGAUUAGCAGAAGAAGAAAGAGAACGAAGAUCACUUGAGAGGGAGAAGAGCGAUUCCUCGAGAGGAAGAGGCAGAGGCAGAGGUGUAGGAGUCAGAGGAGGUGGAGUGGCAAGUGGUGUACCAACUGCCGCAAGGGGACGAGGUACAGGUAUUCCCCGUCCAUCAGUAGCCCCUUCAAGACCUCCUACGACAGGUAUCAAGAGAGGUUCAGGUACAGGUACGACUAAUACAAAUACAAUGGGUACUUCAACCGGUGGAGGUGGUUUGGGAGGUCAAUAUUCUCAUGUUAAAAGUAGUGGAUACGGUCCUCGUUGA